GGACAGUUUUACAGUUAGGAGUAAGUAACUAGGAUGAGCGGUUGUUGUCCUGUGAGGAAUGAAAAUCUGAUAAGAUAUACACCUACAAGACUGCGAGUAGUUGAGGAGUUGAAAAUGCGGAAGUUUCCACCCAGAAAACCACUGCCACCGCUACCGCGAGGAUGAAGCUUGGGAGCCAGUGAUGACAUCUGUACCGCAAGAGUCGUGGAUACUCCGCUGAGCGUGUCGCAGCGGCGACAGUGAACUACAAUGGCUUCGCUACCCGGUUCGGAGCGACGAGCGUUCGCUCUGAAAAUCAACAGGCACUCGUCGGCCGAGAUCAGGAGGCACUUCAGCGCCACGAGCCACGGAUCCCCACACACCACCCUCCCCCAGCACCACCAGCACCACCAGCACCACCGCCACAGCUCCAGCACCGGGGGAUCCUUCUGCUUCACCAUGCCUUCGUCCUACGAUGCCGUGGAGCCGGUGGAUCUAGAGGAGUUCCUGAUGGCCCAGCUGCGCAGCGGAGACGCCGAGCUCAUGCAGGAGCUCGGCGACUUCCCCGACGACGACUUAGAGGUGGAGCUGGUGGAGCGGGAGUGUCGCACCGCACAGCACUCGGUCCCAGACGAGGGGGCCGAGCUUGACCUACAUGUGAGAGACUGUGUACAGAGCUACACACAGCCUUGGUUAAUAGUCAGUAGAAGGUGUCAAGGCGAUGGGUGGAGUGCCUACUCGGAGCGCCCCGGCCUCCACAAGCUCCUCCAGAGGCAGGUGUUUGAGUCCGACCUGCAGCCCGAGAAACAGGAGCCAGCGGUGAGGUCUCCAUCUCUGGCGGCGCUCUGCGACGAGUCCAGCCGCACCACACUCACAUCCUCCAACUUCGACCUGCGGGCGCUGCAGCCGGACGCACGCGUGGACAGCCUGCUGCGCUUCAGCAACCCUGAGGACCUGGACCGCUUAAACCAAGAGGCCCGGCAGGGCAACCGCCACCCCGAACUCUUCGCCCUCUACCCACCUGCCGACGAGGAUGAUGCUGUGGAGAUCAGGCCUAAGCCGGAGUGUCCGCGGGAACACAUGGGUCACCGGAUCUACGUCAGAUGCCAAGCCAUCAAGUUUGAGAUCGAUAUAGAACCAGUUUUUGCAACCAUGGCCCUAUAUGACCUCAAAGAGAAGAAGAAGAUCUCUGAGGACUUCCACUUUGACUUGAAUUCGGACACGAUGAGGGGGCUCCUGCGGCCUCACACCCCCAGCAUCGACCCCUCCAGCCAGGCCAAGGCGGCCAUCUUCUCCAUCACACAGCCCUCCCAAGACAUCUACCUGGUAGUCAAGAUUGAGAAGGUGCUACAGCAGGGGGAGAUAAGUGACUGUGCAGACCCCUACAUGAGCAUGAGAGAGAGUGACACAGCUAAGAAUCGGGAUAAACUGGACAAGCUGAAGACCCAGGCGGAGCAGUUCUGUCAGAGGCUUGGCCGCUAUAGGAUGCCCUUCGCAUGGGGGGUGGUCAACAUCAUGGGUGUGACCACCACCACGCUGGAACGAGACAUGGCUGAGGCCGACGGUGUUAACGGUAAAGGUAGUAGUUUGGAAAGAAGGGCUUAUCUGCCACGACGGAACUCUGAACGCUUCUUGUACAUGGAGGACCAGUACAACCUGUCGGGGUUCAAACCUGCCAACAUCACCAUCAAUACCCUCUUCAAACAGGAGGGCGACCGCCUGAGUGAUGAGGACUUGUUCAAGUUUCUGGGCGAUAUCAAGAGAACGUCAAUACAGAGACGAACUAAGACAAUACCAGGUAUGAUCAAACUGGAGGUGCAGCCAGCACCAGAGAGCAUGACGGGCUGCCUCUCUCCUGAGCUCAUCCUCGUCAAACCCUUGGCUGAUAAGAACCCGCGCCUGAUCAAAGAGGUCCUGGAGUUCCCCUCCAGUGAGGUCUACGUCCCUCACAGCAUUUACAGAAACAUCCUGUUUGUUUACCCUCAGCGGCUCAACGUGGCCAAUCGGCUCACCUCGGCCAGGAACAUCACUAUCAAAAUCCAGUUCAUGAGCGGAGAGGAGCCGGCCAGUGUUCUACCUGUCAUAUUUGGAAAAUCCAGUGGCCCGGAAUUUGUUACAGAGGCUUAUACACCAGUGACUUACCAUAACAAGUCGCCAGACUUCUAUGAGGAGGUGAAGAUCAAGCUGCCGGCGAAGCUGACGGAGCGCCACCACCUGCUCUUCACCUUCUACCACAUCAGCUGCCAGCAGAAGCAGAGCCAGGCGGGCGCCGUCGAGUCCCUCGUCGGAUACUCUUGGCUGCCCAUAGUGCAUACUGACCGUCUGCAGACCGGUCAGUACUGUCUCCCCAUAGCGCUGGAGAAGCUGCCGGUGAACUACUCCAUGCACUCCCCAGAGAGGAUACCAACUCAGGUGCCUCCUGUGAAGUGGAUGGAGAGCCACAAGGGCGUGUUCAACCUGGAGCUGCAGGCUGUGUCCUCAGUCCACACUCAGGACAACCACCUGGAGCGCUUCUUCACGCUGUGCCACGCGCUGGAGGGCAAGGUGACCUUCCCCAUCCGCCUGCGGGACGACAAGAUCCCCGAGAACAAGGUGGAGCACGAGCUGAAGCUCAGCAUCGUCUCGCUGUCCUCGUCGCGCCUCGAGCCGCUCGUGCUCUUCCUGCACCAGGUGCUGGACAAGCUCUUCCGCCUCAUCAUGCAGCCCAUGGUCAUCGCCGGGCAAACGGCCAACCUGGGGCAGAUCGCCUUCGAGUCGGUGGUGUCCAUCAUCAACAGCCUCCACAACAGCCAGGAGCUGGAGAGGGACCAUCAGGGCAGGAACUGUCUACUGGCCAAGUACCUGUACUACGCCUUCCGACUGCCCGAGACGCAGGGGGAGAUGGCCAGCACAGGUGGGCACCAGGUGCACCCAGAGGCACGCUACAGCACGCUGGGCAGAGCGACGGCCAGCACGGUGGGCAGCAUGCUGCUACAGUCCAGGAUCCGCAGCAGCAGCAACCCGGACAUCCCCGCGCCGCAGUCGGCCGAGGACGCCGAGGUCAAGAGCAUCCUGUCCGGAAAGCAGGGUGCCAACCAUCCCAGUUGUCGCAUGUCAACAUAUGUGGACACCAGUACUUCUUCAGCAGGGAUGAAGCCCAUUAAUAAAAAGCAAUUCCAUGAAGAGCUCGCUCUACAAAUGGUGGUCAGUACCGGAAUCUGUCGUGAGAACGCCUACAAGUACGCCUGGUUCUUCUUUGAGCUCCUGGUGAAGAGCAUGGCUCAGCACGUCUCUCAGAUGGACAGGAAGUCCAUACCUCGCCAGAGCCGCUUCUCUGACCGGUUCAAGGACGACAUCACCACCAUCGUUAACGUGGUGACGGCCGAGAUUGGCACGAGCCUGGUCAAGCAGAAGGAAACGGAGCAAGCUGAGAAGGUGAACAUCAGUCUGGCCUUCUUCCUGUACGACCUCAUGUCGCUCAUGGACCGGGGCUUUGUCUUCAGGCUGGUCAAGUCCUACUGCAACCAGAUGAGCGCAAAGGCUGUAUCCAUGACGACGGUGAUCAGCACGAGGCUGGAGUUCCUGCGGAUCCUGUGCAGCCACGAGCACUACCUCAACCUCAGCCUGUACUUCAGCAGCCCUGCGUCCGCCCCCGCCUCGCCCUGCCCAUCCAUAUCCUCACAGACUUCAAGCUCGUGUAGUUUUCAGGAGCAGAAGAUCAUGGCCAUGUUUGAUCUCUCUCCAGAGUUCAAGCAGCAGCACUUCCUGACCGGCCUCCUGCUGACGGAGCUGGACGCUGCUCUGGAGAUGGAGCAGGACGGAGGGAAGGUGCAGAGGAAAGCCAUCAAUGCCACGUACAGUCUGCUCUGCGCUCAUGACCUGGACCAUCGCUGCAUGAGGCCGGAGGUGCGAGCCAAGAUCGCUGCUCUCUACCUCCCCCUGGUGGGCGUCAUCAUCGAAUCCAUCAACUCCCUGGACUUCACAGUAUCAGACACACGCGGCGGCAAAGCCAAGACCACUGAGGAGGAUCCUGAUAACGUCAACCCCAUCAAUCAGAACAUUGCCAUGGCGAUUGCAGGAAACCCCUUUAACACCUUGGCACGAAAUGCGCUGGCUUCCAUGGCCUCCAUGCAGUCAGCGAAGGCCACCAGCACCCUGACCGCCGAGACCAGCCGCAACCUGCUGGUGUGCUUCCUGUGGAUUAUGAAGAACGCCGAGACCAGCUUGAUCCAGCGCUGGACGGCCGACAUGCCCUUCGCCCAGCUCAGCCGCCUGCUGGAGCUGCUGACCAUCUGCGUGUCCUGCUUCGAGUACCGGGGCAAGCAGAGCUCAGACAAGGUGAGCACCCAGGCACUGCAGAAGUCCCAGCAGGCCAAGGCCCGACUGGAGGAGGCUCUGCUGGGGGGCCAGGGAGCACGGGGGGAGAUGAUGAGGAGAGCAGGGGGUAACGAACGGACAAUGGGCUACCGAGAGAACCUGCGCUGGAGGAAAGACCUCACCCAGUGGCGGCAGACGAAUGACCGGCACGACAAGUCCAAAGCUGAGUUGGACCAAGAGGCCAUCAUCAGCGGGAACCUAGCCACCGAGGCCAACCUCAUAGUCCUGGACCUGCUGGAGAUCAUCGUCCAGGCGACGCCAUUGGCUGAGUGCAAGGACAGUGUGGUGGGGGGAGUCCUGCGGGUCCUACUGCACAGCCUGACCUGCAACCAGAGCACCACCUUCCUCACACACUGCUUCAGCUCCCUCAGGGCACUCAUCAUCAAGUUUGGUGAACUGCUGUUUGAGGAGGAGGCGGAGCAGUGUGCGGACCUGUGUCAGAAGGUGCUCCAGCACUGCAGCAGUCGAGUGGACGGCAACCGCAGCCAAGCCUGCGCCACCCUCUACCUCAUCAUGAGAUACAGCUACAGCUCCGCCAGUAACUUCUCCAGGGUGAAGAUGCAGGUGACCAUGUCGCUGGCCUCCCUGGUGGGGAAGUCGUCGGACGUGCAGGAGGAGUACCUGCGCCGGUCCUUCCGCACCAUCCUGGCCUACGCCGAGGAGGACACCGAGAUGCAGGCUACACAGCUGCCCGCUCAGGUGGAUGAACUGCUGGAGAACCUCAAUCGCAUCCUGUCAGACACUGUGAAGAUGAAAGAGUUCCAGGAGGACCCAGAGAUGCUCAUGGACCUGAUGUACAGAAUUGCCAAGGGCUACCAGACCUCCCCCGACCUGCGGCUCACCUGGCUCCAGAACAUGGCGGAGAAGCACAACGGCAGGAAGUGCUACACGGAGUCGGCCAUGUGCCAGGUGCACGCCGCCGCCCUGGUGGCCGAAUACCUGAGCAUGCUGGAGGACCACAAGUACCUGCCCGUGGGCAGCGUCACCUUCCAGAACCUCUCUCCUAACGUGCUCGAGGAGUCGGCCGUGUCCGAUGAUGUGCUGUCCCCAGACGAGGAUGGUGUUUGCUCUGGCCGCUACUUCACGGAGGUCGGCCUGGUGGAUCUGCUGGAACAGGCCGCAGAGCUCUUCAGCAACGGUGGGCUGUUUGAGGCUGUAAAUGAAGUGUACAAGAUCAUGAUUCCCAUCCUGGAGUCUAACAGAGACUUUCGGAGACUAGCUUCUACUCAUGACAAACUUCAGAAAGCCUUCGACAACAUCAUACAAAAGGGACACAAGCGGAUGUUUGGGACGUAUUUCAGGGUUGGAUUUUACGGCAGCAAGUUUGGAGACCUGGACGAACGUGAAUUCAUCUACAAGGAGCCAGGCAUCACCCACCUCCCUGAGAUCUCCCACAGACUAGAGUCCUUUUACAGUCAGUGUAUGGGAGAUGGUGUGUUGGAAAUGAUCAAGGACUCCACACCUGUUGACAAGAACAAACUGGACCCAAACAAGGCUUACAUCCAGAUCACUUUCGUGGAGCCGUACUUCGAUGACUACGAGAUGAAAGACCGGAUGACCAACUUCGAGAAGAACUUCAACCUGCGGCGCUUCAUGUACACGACGCCGUUCACCAAGAGCGGCCGUCCUCGGGGCGAACUAAACGAGCAGUACAAACGCAAGACCAUCCUCACCACCAUGCACUCCUUCCCCUACAUCAAGACACGUAUCCAAGUCAUCCAGAAAGACGAGUUUGACCUGACCCCCAUCGAGGUGGCCAUAGAGGACAUGCAGAAGAAGACCCGUGAGCUGGCCGUGGCCACCCACAGGGUGCAGCCUGACGCCAAGAUGCUUCAGAUGGUGCUACAGGGCUCUGUGGGUGCAACUGUGAACCAGGGUCCAUUGGAGGUGGCCCAAGUGUUUCUGAAUGAGAUCCCAGCAGACCCCAAGCUCUACCGCCACCACAACAAACUGCGUCUGUGUUUCAAGGAAUUCAUCAUGCGUUGUGGGGAGGCCGUGGAGAAGAACAAACACCUCAUCACUGCGGACCAGAAGGAGUACCAGAUGGAGCUGAAGAAGAACUACAACAAGUUGCGGGAGAACCUGCGGCCCAUGCUGGAGAGGAAGAUUCCGGAACUGUACAAACCCAUCCACCUAUCCAAGCCCCGCAUGGAGAGGGACAUCAGCAAACGGGGCAGCUUCCGUCGAACCCAAGAGGACAAUUCAUGAAGUGCACUGACUGCCAAGGAGACUGCCUCCACUGAAUCUGCUCAGCCUCGUUUCAAAGCCCUAACGCAGUGCAACACGGCACACCAGACUCCAGAGACAGGCAGUGGGACACAGUGAAAACUCUGUGCACACUGUCCUCUGACGUUUACUGCAUGCUGAACUGUUGGGGUGCAAGUGCUGUGGCAGUACACGCAGCCCACUCAAGACCUGUGCUGUGGCAUAGACACUGGAGCUCGCUUCUCACCACUGACCGCGUGCUUGACUUAUUGCACAGUGAGCGGGUGCCAUUCAUGUAGAUUUAAAACAUGCCACAGGAUUUGCCGAUAUGUGUCAUUGUUCUGUGACUUAAGCACAAAGUAUCGGCAGUUUAAUCUCCUAAAUCCUGAAAUGCCUUUAUGUGUUGUGUAAAGGCCCUGGUACUGGAAAUGUUGCUGGAAAAAGAAAAAGACAUUGAUGAAACAUAUGGGCAUUUCUGUUUGCAUUUUGUAUUAUUUUUUUUAAUGUUUAACUUUGAUUUGGCAGUUCAGCUAAUUUGCACAAUUGAAACUGGUCUUUGCCGCCAGUCAGGUCAUUUCACAAGGGUUUGAUAUUUUCUUUUCAUUUUUAUACAAUAGAUUACUGAUGUUCUUAAAAUAAUUUAACACAUUGAACAAUUACAGUCACAGGAUCUGUAUGUGACAACUGAAAGGGUGUCUACAUGGGGGGGGGAAGAGAAUGUCAAUCAAUCAAAAUAUAUGAUAACUUUUGUAACGUGUCUGUAGAUGUAAUAUUUGGAGGAAAAAUUAUUUUUCGUAUUUUUCUGUGAAAAUAAAAUGGAAAAAAGGAAUAUAAGUUAACGCUGUAGUUAAGCAGAGAAAUUCAAUUGUAUUCUUCUUUAUUCUUUUAUAGAUUUAUUUCAUGUCUAACUGUUUGUCUGCUAUAAAGGCUUAUCAUCUGCCUCCCACACAACUGUUAUGUCCAUCUUGGAGCUUUUAGGUUUAAAGCAAAGGUACCAACAUACCACAUCUGUUACAUUCCACAUUUCACAUGUUUUUCUCAUUUAGCAGCAAUUCAAUGCACUUCAUUCAUUAAUAAAUACUGGAAUACUGAGUUGA